CCGCCCUGUUGUGAAGUGGGUGUCUCGGUGGAACCGUGGGGAGCAGUCUCUUUCUCAGGAACCCCUUGAAGAGUUGACUGUAGAUUCAGGAAGACGUCAGAUGAGGAUAAUGCAGCUGAUCUGACCAUGGCAGUAGCUCCGGAAUCCCAGGCCCAGGCCUCUCCCCCACCAGAGCCUGAAGAAGUCCUAAUUGUGAAACUGGAGGAAGACUCAUGGGGAUCAGAAUCCAAACCCCAGGAGAAUGACCAAGAGUCUGUCGCUGGCCCCGAGGCCUCCCGCCAGCGCUUUAGGCAGUUCCAGUACACGGAUGCAGCCGGACCCCAUGAGGCCUUCAGCCAGCUCUGGGCUCUCUGCUGUCGUUGGCUGAGGCCAGAGGUCCGCCUCAAAGAGCAGAUCCUAGAGCUGCUGGUGCUAGAGCAGUUCUUGACUAUCUUACCCAGGGAGGUCCAGACCUGGGUGCAAGCACGCCACCCUGAGAGUGGUGAGGAAGCAGUGGCCCUGGUGGAGGAUUGGCACCGGGAGGCACAGGCUGCAGGACAGCAGGAACUGGAAUUGUGUGCACAAGAGACCAAGUCUUUAAAAGCAGUACAAGAAUCUCAGGACUUCCAGCUGCAGCCAGUGGAUUCCUGGCCUGAGGGACAGUCCCAAAAGCAGUGGGUGAAGAAUACAUGCCUUGACCUUCCCAAUCAUGUAAAUGCCAAGAUACCCUUAAAAGAAGAUGCUGUCCUCACUCCUCGAGUCCCUACUCUCCCAAAGAUGGGGAGCGUUGGAGAUUGGGAGGUGUUAGCCGAGUCCCAGGAUGCCCUGGGCCUUGGCAGACAUGCUGAGAGGGAGUUCAAGGACCUCCUAGAAGACAACUAUGGGGACAGUGUGUGCUUGGGAGUUCCAGUUCCAAAACCAAGUAUUACCUCUCAGAAAGAACAAGGACCAGAAUUUUGGUGUGUCAGUCUUAAAAAUUCUGGGAAAAGGAACACUACAGAUUAUAGCCUAGAAAAUGAGCAAACAAAACCAGCUCAGGCAUUGGCCUGGAGGGACUCAAGGGAAGAGCAAUACCAAUGGGACGUGGAGGACAUGAAGGUGUCAGGUGUUCACUGGGGCUAUGAGGAGACCAAGACUUUCCUGGCAAUUUUAAGUGAGUCUCCUUUCUCUGAAAAGCUUCGGACUUGUCACCAGAACCGCCAGGUGUACCGGGCCAUUGCAGAGCGGCUAAGGGCAAGGGGCUUCCUGCGGACACUGGAACAGUGUCGCUAUAGGGUCAAAAACCUCCUACGGAAUUAUCGGAAAGCCAAGAGCAGCCACCCACCAGGGACCUGCCCCUUCUAUGAGGAGCUGGAAGCCCUGGUGAGGGCUCGAACUGCCAUCCGAGUCACAGACAGCCCAGGAGAGGUCAUAGUACUCCCCAGGCUGGGGGAUAGUGACACUGAGAUGGAUGAGCAGGAGGAGGGCUGGGAGCCUGAGGAAACAACAGAAGACUGUAACAGUGUUGGCCUAGUCACUGAUGAGUCCUCCCAGGGAUCCAGGAUCACAGGAGUCCCAGCUCUGCUCCAGAAUCGUAUUGCAGGUGUGCACUGGGGCUAUGAGGAGACCAAGAUCUUCCUGGCGAUUCUCAGUGAGUCCCCAUACUCUGAAAAGCUUCGUACCUGUCACCAGAACAGCCAGGUGUACCGGGCCAUUGCAGAGCGGCUGUGUGCCAUGGGCUUCCUGCGGACACUGGAGCAGUGUCGCUACAGAUUCAAAAACCUCCUUCGAAGCUACCGAAAAGCCAAGAGCAGCCACCCGCCAGGGACGUGCCCCUUCUAUGAGGAGCUGGACUCACUGAUGAGGGCUCGGACUGUGGUCAGGGCUGUGGGGACCAUCAGGGAGGCUGCAGGUCUUCCAAGGUCUGGGCAGAGCAGUGCUGAGGCCAACAGCAAAGAGGUCUGGGAUGAGAUGGCAGAUGAAGAUGCUGUCAAACCUCCAACCCCCUGUCCUAGAACCCCAGACAUGGGUUUUGAGAUGAGGCAUGAAGAUAAAGACCAUAUUUCAGAGCAAGACAUUUGUGAGGGUUUGCCUGGAGCAUUGUCCACAGAUACUACAGAGGCUCUUUGCCAGCCUCUUGACUGGGAGGAAGACAGUGAAAAUGAAAAUGAAGGUAAAGAGCAGUGGGGACAUCCUCCACAGGAACAGUGGGAGGAGUGUUCUUCUGAACAGGACUUAGAAAAACUUAUUGACCAUCAAGGCCUGUACCUCACAGAGAAACCCUACAAGUGUGAUACAUGUGUGAAGAGCUCCCAUCAGAGCUCCCAUUUCAUCAAUCACCAGCAGAUCCACAUAGGUGAGAAGCCCUACAGAUGCCUUGAAUGUGGAAAAAACUUUGGUGACCGCUCCAACCUCAAUACCCAUCAGAGAAUCCACACUGGAGAGAAGCCCUACAAAUGUCUUGAAUGUGGGAAAGGCUUCAGUGACCACUCCAAUCUCAUCACCCACCAGAGAAUCCACACAGGGGAAAAGCCCUAUAAAUGUGGGGAAUGUUGGAAAAGCUUCAACCAGAGCUCAAACCUGAAACAUCAGAGAAUCCACUUGGGAGGAAAUCCUCACCAAUGCAGUGAGCCUGGGGAAAACUUUGGCCAAAGCACAUCCUUUCGUGGUCACUGGAAGAAUUCUACAGAGGAAAUAUCUCCUGAGCAGCCUCAGAGUAUCAGUAAGAACUUGAAUUUUCCUGGACUGCACAGAACCAACUCAAGGGAGAAACUUUAUGAGUGUUCUGAAUGUGGAAGAUGCUUCUCUAAAAGCUCUGCCCUCAUUAGUCACCAAAGAAUCCAUACAGGAGAGAAACCAUACGAAUGUGCUGAAUGUGGGAAAAGCUUCAGUAAGGGCUCCACCCUGGCAAACCACCAGCGAACCCAUACUGGGGAGAAGCCUUUUAAGUGUGUGGACUGUGGGAAGUGCUUCAGUGAGCGCUCUAAGCUAAUCACACACCAGAGAGUACACACAGGAGAGAAGCCCUACAAAUGCCUCGAGUGUGGAAAAUUCUUCCGUGACCGUUCUAACCUCAUCACUCACCAGAGGAUUCACACCGGAGAGAAGCCGUAUAAGUGCAGAGAAUGUGGGAAAUGCUUUAACCAAAGCUCCAGUCUUAUUAUUCACCAGAGAAUCCACACUGGGGAGAAACCCUACAAGUGCAAAGAGUGUGGCAAAGACUUCAACAACAGCUCCCACUUUAGUGCCCACCGGAGGACCCAUGCUGGAGGGAAAGCAUCAUAGGGGACGCCUUCCCCCACAACAAAGGAGAGAUAAAUGUAUAUACCUUACACGAUGUAUGCUAGAAACUUUCAACUUUUACGCCUGGUGUGGACCCAAGGAAGUUAUCUUGGUAUAAUCCAGGUAAUUUGGAAGUGAAUUACAAAUACUAAGAAUCCAGAUUUGAA